CGAUUCCCGCAGCCGUCUUUAACCAGGGCGUGUAAUCGAGCACGGCAUCAUUGAUUCCAAGAUGGCGGACCCCAAACAAGCAAACCAGAAAAGUGUUAAAAUAGCUGCUGGUGCAGUGGUAUGUGUGGAGAGUGAAAUAAAAGGCGACGUCACCAUCGGGCCGAGGACGGUGAUCCACCCGAAAGCCCGGAUUAUCGCAGACGCCGGUCCCAUCAUCAUAGGAGAAGGCAACCUGAUAGAAGAGCAAGCUCUCAUCAUUAACAGUUAUCCUGAAAACAUCAUGCCUGACACAGAGGGAUAUGAACCCAAGACCAUGACGAUAGGCACCAACAAUGUUUUCGAAGUCGGCUGUGUCUCCCAGGCGAUGAAAAUCGGGGACAACAAUGUCAUCGAGUCUAAAGCUGACGUGGGCCGGAACGUGAUCCUGACGAGCGGCUGCAUCGUCGGCGCGUGCUGUCGGCUCAGCACCUGCGAGGAGAUUCCAGAGAACACGGUCAUCUACGGCUCUAACUGCAUGAGGAGAGUACAGACCGAGAGACCACAGCCCCAGACUCUGCAGCUGGACUUCCUGAUGAAGAUUUUACCCAACUACCACCACCUGAAGAAGACGCAGAAGGUUAACCCGACUCCCGCACAAACCUGAAAUCAUUCCACGUCACAGCUUUGCUCUUAAAAGUACUAAUAAUAAUAAUAAAAAAACAAAAACAAAUAGCCUGUGCUGAUUACAAGCACUUUUUUUUCUGUUUGUCUUACUUCAUGCCGUAAUGCGCACUACAGUCAACGAACUCGUGAUUAUGUGCUGUCUUGUAUUCAACUUUGAUUAUUUAUUAUCGCUUUGUAUUAAAGGCUUUCUCAUCCA